CCCGCCCCCAAUCCGGGAGCCGCUGGCGGCCGGCUCCGCGCCUCCUCACCAGGUGCAGCGCAGCUCAGCGCGGUGCAAGGCGCCUGCCUUUCUGCAGCUGAGCGGUCGGGGCUGUUCAGGACCAAGGUGUGAGCAGGCUUCUGGGCUGGCUGGUCCAUCAUGGCGGAGAAAGUGAACAACUUCCCUCCGUUGCCCAAAUUCAUCCCGCUGAAGCCAUGUUUCUACCAAGACUUCGAGGCAGACAUCCCUCCUCAGCAUCUCAGCUUGACCAAGCGCCUCUACUACCUCUGGAUGUUGAACAGCGUCACGCUGGCCGUGAACCUGGUGGGCUGUCUCGCGUGGCUGAUCGGAGGCGGGGGAGCCACCAACUUUGGCCUCGCCUUCCUCUGGCUCAUCCUCUUCACACCUUGCUCCUACGUCUGCUGGUUUCGGCCCAUUUACAAGGCCUUCAAGACAGACAGCUCCUUCAGCUUCAUGGCCUUCUUCUUCACCUUCAUGGCACAGUUGGUCAUCAGCAUCAUCCAGGCUGUGGGAAUUCCAGGCUGGGGUGUCUGUGGCUGGAUUGCCACCAUCUCCUUCUUCGGGACAAACAUUGGCUCGGCGGUGGUGAUGCUCAUUCCCACGGUCAUGUUUACAGUUGUGGCUGUCUUUUCCUUCAUCGCCCUUAGCAUGGUUCAUAAGUUCUACCGGGGCAGCGGGGGCAGUUUCAGCAAAGCUCAGGAGGAAUGGACCACUGGAGCCUGGAAAAACCCACAUGUGCAACAGGCAGCCCAGAACGCAGCCAUGGGGGCCGCGCAGGGUGCCAUGAAUCAACCGCAGACUCAAUAUUCUGCCACCCCCAACUACACAUACUCUAAUGAGAUGUGAGCCAGCCAAGCCCACCAGGAGGCGGGGCUGGGGGCCAGUGGGACAGGGGGCUCAUGCCACAUCAUCUGUGUGGUGACCAAGCAGGGUUCCCCCUUCCCUUUUCUCCCUCCCAACUUUGUACAAAGAAUCAGAGUUAUAUAUAUAUAUAUGUAUAUGUAUAUGUAUAUGUCUAUCCCUGCCCCCACCUUUUGGGUCCUGCUCUUGGCUCUCUAAGAGCUGUGGGCUGCACAAAGAUUGGCCCUGUGCACUGGUAGCUGAGUCCAUGUCCCCUUGUGAAAUAAUGUGCAGUGGAGAUCUCUUGUUGUGGUGCUACAUGUGUGUUUAGAACUAAACCAGCUCCCUUCCACCCCAUCGACCAGGUUGCCCCCUCUGGCCCUGGCCCAGGGACUCCUCAUGGGGCAGGGGGAGGCCUAGCAGAGAGCCUGGCACCCUGUGUAGUUAGGAGCCGAAGCUCUUUCCCCCUUUGGUCCCAUUGGGAAGCAACAGUAUUUAGCAUUCAUGGUGAUAAUAUGUUCUGGAGGGUGGGGCGGAGAGGAUGUUUCCUUGCUCCCUGGAGUCCUCCCCUCAACCCCUUCCCCCCUUGUUUCUGCCUCUCUGUUAGACUCUGUGCUCUCUUCCCUAGCUGCUCUCCCAGGAUCUUUCUCCUCCCCAUGUAGCUUUUCUUUGUCUUCCCAAGGCUGAGUGUCCCCAUUAUGUCUGCUUCCAAGACUGCACAGAUCCCCAAAUCUGAUCUGCUUCCCGGUUCAAGGAAGCUGACGUGGGGGCUGAACCAGCCCUGAUGUGAAAGGGGCACACAGCUUGGAGAUGGAGAGCACAUUUGGUAGUUGGCACCCAGGGCAUGGAAAUGCAGGCCUAUUUCCUUGGCUCCGAAAGCCUGGUCUGCAGAGGCAGGCUGCUCUUCCCUCUCCGACUUCCCUCUUCUCCCCGAUCCUCCUCUAGCUACUCUGCAUUUCCUGCUGAGCUGAGUUGUGACUUGUUAGCUUUAAAGGCACUGAGAGAAGAGCGGGCAUGGAACUCACUGUUGGCCCCUGGGGGAGGUGCCAGCCCACAAGGGCUUCUAGGUAUCUCAGAGUGACCAUUGGAUUCCUGGGUAGCUGUUCUAUUUGAGUAUGGCAGAAAGGAUAGAGCCCACAGGGCCAGGCCUGAAGGAGGGGCUCAGAAGAGAAGUCGAAUAGAAGCCUGAUGAGAGGGUAGCUUACCUCUCCAGUCCCACUUGCCCUUGGCUACCAGACAGAUUCUGUGGAGAUGCUCCCAGGCCCAGUUCAAGCUGCAAGCACAAUGUCCUGAGUAGGAUUCCUGGUUGGCAGAGAGGGAAGAAGGACUCUGCCUUUAGUUUUUAGUUCAGUGAGUUUUGCCCCUCCCUCCUUCUCUUCCAUUCUCUUGAGAACUACAGGACUUGGUUCCUGGCCUUUUCUUAGUUCUGUUAGAACCCCCUUCCCUUUCAUAACUGAUCUCAGUCCCCGGGACUGUCUCUUCCAAGCAGUGGGUAGACAUUGCCUGGUCGAGAAUCUGACUGUGUGUGAGGCCUGAGGUGGGUAGGCCUUACCAAGGAGCAGCUGCCUGUUUCUCACCUCCUUCCAACAGAAACUCCCCUGGGCUAGGUAGACUGGAGAACCAGACUACACUCAGCCAUCCCCAGCUGGUUGGCCUUGGGACCUAAGACCUGGUUUCAGGCCACCUUGAGCUUUGAUUUCCAGCUUCUUGUAAGAGAAGCCAAGAGUCUCUGGAAAGUUCCCUUCCUAAUGACCCCUUAGGCUUAGUGAAUUCUCUCCCUUACUGUGUCCUCUCUGGAGAACAGUUGUCAUAGCUCUGGGUAUCCUAGGAGACCCUAGGGCUAAGCCUUCCUCCUCCUCCCUCCUCCUGACCCCCAACUUCUCGCUCCCUUUCUCUUAGUCCUCUGGUAGUUCCAGGAGGGCUGUGAUCUAGCUGCCAGCCUAGCAUCCACAAGCUCUUGGAUGUUACCUCCAGUCAAUUUCCUGCCCUAUCUGCCUUUCCUCUUUCCUGGCUCAGACCUAUUGGCCAUGCCUGGCGCUGCCCUUGGGAAAGCCUGUUACCAGUGUCUGGCCCAGCUGCUCAGGCCCUGGAAUGCUGCAUCUCCAGGCAACUAUGCACUUUCAUGAGGAGGGAACCAGGCUGAGAAAUGGGGCUGGGCACAGACGGUUUGGUUUGGGGGUGGGAGGAAGGCCCAGUUGGUCCUGGGGGUCCUCCUGUCUGUUGCCAGCCAGUGACCUGCUUUUGCAUUCUCCUGGUGCCCACUGCCCCUUGUUUCUGAGAGACACAAACUAUUCCCUAGCUGGCAGUUGACCUGCCUGAGCCAAUGUGUCUAUCUGUGGUAACUGGAUGAACCAUAAUAAAAGGGAUCAUUUGA